AUGGAUGAUUCCGGUCUAAGGAAAGAAAACCGAGGCGCAGUGGUCAUCUUCUUCACAAGAACUGCGCCUCAGGCAGCCUCAGUUGCAGCUGCAAGAGAUUUUCCGGCGAGGGGAGGUGCAGCUGCACCUCCUUCCGCCUUAAUAGGUCCACCAGUAACAGCUUUGGUUUGCAGCAAUGGGAACCAAGGGCAGCUUGUGUUUUGCGAACAGCAUGGCGCCGCUGUAAAAGAGAGAAGCUUCAAAAGUUUCCCAGGUUGGCUAAAGAGGGUAGUCUUUCUGCCACUGAGCACCUUGUUGUCUCAGAAACACAGCAUAAGUAGACUGCCUGCUCAUUUAACCAGUCAGUGUUCCAAAAAUCGGCCUAGAAGGCACCAAGACGCUGGGCGCCCGCCUAGGCGGCCUGGGCGUGUCUGGGCGAGUCUGACUCAGAAAAAUGAGAUGAUGAUGAUGCUAUGUCCAGCCUAUACCUCGAAGAAGGAACACCUUCCAGUUGCAGCCAAAACGAAAGACAGACAAAAGAGCCCUCCUCCCGUAUGCAUGGCUCGUGGACCUUCCUGUUCCCGUUCCCAUUCCCGUUCCGGAAGUGAGGAACUCGUCAGGGGGAAAGAUUCUGACACCAGUGUAACAUACCGCUUGGUACAUAAGUAUUGUGGUCUUGAGGUGGAUGUUGAUAAGUUAGAGAAUGCCUUCACGGGCAUUAGUCCAGGUAAGGAUUGA